CCAGCCGCCAUGGUCAGCCUUUGGACCUAUCCACUUCCUCUUAUAGUUUCUGACCGCUUGCCCCCCAAAAGAUACACAUCACGAUGCCCACAUGGCAGGAAUCGACUCGUCGAACGAAAGCGGGUUCCCACAUGCACAGCGUACAUCUGCGCCUCAGCCAUGCCAACAACAGGAGGAUAUGAUCUUUUUUGAACAGAAGAGGAAACGGGAUUUGCUUGAAGUCUUAAACCAUGGCAAAUCCAGAUCGGCCAGGAGGCCUUAUCGAAAGAUCAAGUCUCGACCAUCUCAAAGGUCAGUAACUGACGACACAAAAACGACACCCCCACCGACUUCUUCAAAUCCCAGUCCUACCCCUGUCCACGAAGUAGCAGCUAUGAGCCUCAAAUUGUCGUUGAGACCGACCAAUAUCGAUUCCAACAAGACUCAACCAGAUCCUUCAUUCGGUGCCGAAAGCACUUUCUCAUUAAAUACUCUUCCGCCAACGACUGCAGAGCCCGAACCGCCUCCCUCACCUAGGAGUCAAAUAAGAAGUUUCCAAGCGGAGAAGCCAAGAACUCUCAUUUCAAAUCAGACCGGUCCAAUGGAACGAUUCCUAUCGCAAGAUAAUCACCCAGCUGGGUUUGAAAAAGAUCCAGGGCGGAUGAAAGAAGAAGGACAGCGCCUUCGUUUGUUGCGUACAAAUGCGUUGAGACUCCGUGCUCAGCUGAAGAUAAAACGCAAAGAACUCAAGGAGAAAGAAGCAACCAAAUCCUCAGCAGAUGAGGCGUUUAUCAGACAUGUCAGAGAGAGUCGAUCGGUUCAGUUGUUUUCAAACGCUCAAACGUCACCGGAUGAGACUGCGGACUCUUACUAUCUUGCAAUGCAAGCAGCACGAGAUGUAUAUGGCCCCUUGGAGGAUGAAUAUACCCGAAUAGAAGAUAUCCUGGACGAAACGGAGUUCGAAAUGGCAAAGAUUGAAAUUCGACUGUAUGGGCAGGAAACAGUACCGCCGCCUAGGCACGAAUCGGCAACAUUAUCUCCCCUUCCACAAGUUGCAGACUUGCUCGCCUCUGUUUCUGCUUCAAGUUCAUUUCUGGGUCUCUCGACUGGCCAUCUUGAUCAAUAUAAACCAAUUCAUGCAGAAUAUCUGUCACGGCUUGGGGAUUUGGAUCUCGCGAGAGAAAGACUUCAGAACAUGACGCAGGAACACGAAAGCUUGUUGGUGGAACAAGAAUCUCGUUCACGGGUCGGAAUGGAACUUCAUUCAAACUUGAGAGCAUUCCUUGAAAAUCUUCCUGCAAGAGAGGCUGCGUUGCGGGGAGAAAUUACUGAAAUUGAGCUGGAUGUGGAGAGGCUGAAAUCGCAAUGUUUGGAAGCUGGAAUAAACCUGGAUGAACUUAGUGAUGGGAGUGAGCCAGAGAAGAAUUUCGAAGAUGAGCUUAGUAGGCCAGAAUUCGUUCAGAAGCAAAUCCUAGGUCGUUCAGUUCUUAGGGGAGUUUAAUCUCGAUUCAUCAACACCGAAAUCUCAUUUUCUUGAACACUUCUAUUUUAUUAUCGAUCUUUUGAAUUCGUUAGAUAUACUAGAGAUAUGUUGCUCGCGCAGUACUAUAUUAAUGAUGCGGCGAUUCAAAUUCG